AUGGGACAUAAGGAGCAUGGAGGGACUUGGCACAUGGAAGCAGCUCAACUGGAUACGCAAAGGAAGAAGGGAGAAGCCAUCUUGAAGACCAGCUCGACCGUCUACUCGACCAACCGGUCGAGUUCCUCAACUCGACCGGCCAAGCUUCAACUCGAUCGAGCUGAGAAAGGGGAAUGGAAACCCUUUGGGAAUGGACUCGGUCGAGCUAGGCAAACUCGACCGAUUGGUCAAGGAGAUGCUCCAAACCGCCACCAACAGAGACAAGGGAUUGUUCCACCACCAGUGCAGAACCACAACUUUGAGAUCAAGCUGGGAAUGAUCAACCUUGUCCAGAACAAGAUGUUCCAUGGAUUGCCAAGUGAAGACCCCAUUGACCACCUUGAUGAGUUUGAUAGGCUUUGUGAUUUGACAAAGAUCAAUGGUGUCUCUGAAGAUGCCAUCAAGCUGAGACUCUUUCCUAUGUCUCUAGCUGACAAAGCUCACCAAUGGGAGAAGAGCUUGCCCCAUGGCACAAUCACCACUUGGGAUGAAUGCAAGAAGGCCUUUCUUGCUAAGUUUUUCUCCACCGGUCGCACAGCCAAGCUUAGAGGAGAGAUAUCCAGCUUCAUCCAGCGAAACAAUGAGACAUUCGCAGAGGCUUGGGAGAGGUUCAAAGGCUACACAAGUCAGUGCCCACACCAUGGAUUCAACAAUGAAUCACUACUCUCCACUCUUUAUAGAGGAUGCUUGCCUAGGUAUAGGGAGAUGCUAGACACAGCUAGCAAUGGGAACUUCCUCAACCAGGAUGUAGAUGAUGGCUGGCAACUUGUGGAGAACAUAGCUAACUCAAAUGGAAGCUAUGGAGAAGAGUAUGAUCGCACCAACCGGAGCUCGACCCACUCGAUCGAGCUGACGCUCAAAUGA